GUCUGUGCUCAGGCGCCGGGGAAGGGGGACUCCGCGACCCCCGCCGCCGCUAGGUCCGGAGUGCGUGCCGGUGCCGGGGCUGUCCCGCCACCCGCCGCUGCGACUCGGUUGUGGGGGUCCGGCCAUCAUUCGGAGAAACCGGCUUAGCCUGCCCUCUGCACCUGUCUCGGGCCCCUCCCUUCUUUGCAGGCGUGCCCUGUUCUGUUCCCCUCUCUCCACUGUGCCUUGGCACUAAGGGCUUGGGCGCUGAAGUGCUGCCCCUCUCUGUUCGACACUGCCCGGGCCUGUGUCUUGGAAUGGUCGGCAACCCUUCACCCCCCCCCUCCAUUCACGCGCUCCCCGCGUUGCCGCUUCACUGAACUCUGACGGCUUGAGUUAUUGAUUAACCUGGAUUGAGAACUCAAGCCCUUCUGUGUGUUGAGCGGAGGAGAAUGCAGUCUGUUGGGGUGCAGCCGGGCAUUUGGAAACUUGCAGGGGUAAAUCCUUACCGUGAAAGAAGAGACAGGGGAACCAGGGGGAAAGAGCCGUGGGCAGUCUAGAUUUCUGGGGUCAGUGACCGGCCAGAGGCCCACACCGCGUGGGGGUGGGGCAGAGGCCGGUGUGGACCAGUCACUCCCCUGAGCGUGGGGCCUCCUGGAGUGGCAGGUUAGAAUGUUCCCAUGGUGUGUGCAGUGGCCCUUAGGUGGGAUUUUCCACCCUGCCCAGGCAUGUGCCCUGGGCUUGGGUUUCCAUGGUCUGGGUAGCCUGCACCUGCUGUCCCUCCUUGGUUCAAUCCAUCACACACGCAGAGUCCUUGUGUAGGCUGGGCUGCACCUCAAGGGACCAGGAGGAGGGGGAUCAGAUUAGCCCUUGCCCCUGGAUGUCCCAGCCUGGGUGGGAGAUGGCCCAGACCAAGCCGUAGCAGCAGUGCAGGCAGCCGGACAGCAGUCCCGUCCUAGUGGGCGUCUCAGGCCGGCUUUGUGCUGGAGGUUUAGGGUCUGCUGCUGCUAGUGCAGGGGCGGGUGUAGGGGGCUGUGCCUAGAGCCUCUAAGGGCCUGAAAGGACUCACUGACCAGAGGGACCCUGGUGGGUAUGAGAGUGGAAGAGCGAGUUGUAAAGGCCCCCGGAUGCUGGGCCAGGGAGUUGGGCUUUGCUUUGGGGUGGAGGUCUCAUCUGCAUGUGGAGGCAGCUGUCCAAGUUUUAGAAAACUACUCUUGGAGUCACACAUGAAUACGUAUACGUACACGAAUCCACGCGUUCAUGUGAGAGAUGUGUCUUCAGUCGUCUAACAGUUUUUCAGUGGGAAUUGGCCAAUGUGGGGUAAGCUAGUUCUCUGGGUUAUGGGGAUAGUGGGGCACUGGGCAGGGGACAGACAGGGUCCUCCUUGUAUCUGACAAGCGCCCUCAAGAAUGGAUGGCAGGUUGGAGGGUGGCUGGAGAUAGGGGGACUUAGUUGUGAUGGUCCAAGAAGAGACGACGGCCAUAGCAGGAGCAGCGCUGGGGAGCGGGAGAGCUGGGGUGCCUUGGACGGAGAUCUCCAAGGGGGAAUCAUCAGGGUGAGAUGGUCUUUGGAUAUGAGCAGGGGGGCAGAGAGCGAAGCCCUGCCGGGGGACUACUGGGGCACAGAUGUGGUGGAGAUGCCAGUUUCCGUCUGGGUUGUGCUGAGGGUGUGGGGCUGUGGGACAUCCAGGUGAAGCUGUCCUGGAGCAGAUGGAGUCACAGAUCUGGUGGGCUGAGAGUAGCCAAGGCCAGAGGUUAGGGAGAUAUCAGGCCAGAGCUGGUGGUUGAAGCAAGAUCAGGUGAGGCCUUCCAGGCAGCUGUGCAGGAGACGGUGAGUCAGGAGCCCUGGGCAGAGGCUGAGGAGCUGCCAGGGAGCUCAGAGGCUCUGGAAAGCCCACUCUUAGACAUCGAGAGAGGGGACCCCUUCAGGAAGAAGAGAUUGGGGGUCAGCAGGAAUGCUGCAGCCCGCUGCAGGUUGAGGAGGGAGACACGGCUGGGGAGUAGGUUCUGGAUUUCAGAAGGCCUGGGAGGAGGAGGGACAGCAGGCGUAGUUGAGCACUGCGGGUGGAGGACGCUCAAGGUGUCCAGUGGGGUCGGACGGACACUCUGCAGCCCCUGAGCACCAGCUCCCUGGGCCUGAGGCCGCUUCCCCCGCCCGACCAGAGGCACUGCUCCCCACUUCUCUUGCAGCCCACCUCUCAGGGGUGCGGGCACGGGCUCGCAGCCAGUUUCUGGCAGUGAGGGGUGCUGCACAGAGUUAUCCACAUGUUCUUGCUCGUGGGCUGUGCCUGGCAGCUUGUGAUCGGACACUGGAUUGUGAACAAGGAAUCGGGGCUCCGGGGCAAGACUGGACAGUCACAGCUGGGUGCCGGGGCUGUCUGACCUCUCAUACGCCUGUGUCUGUGCCCCCAGGGGGUCUGGGUGUGAGGGUCUCAUCCACACACGAGAGCCAGUGCUGGUGGUCGUCAGGCAUUGCGGGGGCUGGUGUUACACUGCCCCUCUGUAACCAGCAAUGAGACUUAGAGACCCUUUGCUGAGACCCUUUUGUUUCCUUCUGAUUCAAACGGGACUGCCGGGUUUGGAGGUGGGGCAUAGUCAACCUAUGUGUAUGCCUUGGGGUCAAUGCAGAAUGAGUUGAUCUAGUAAUCUGCUUCUGUGUGGGCAGACCUUGAGCUUGCUAGGCAGUGAGUAGUAAGGGAGGCUCCUGGAGGAGCGAGAGGGCAAGGCAGUAGGGUGGGAGAAAUCAGGGAGGACUCCCUGUAGGAGGCCUGAGACCCUGGAGCAAACAAGAACUGCUUUUGUUGCAUUUUCUCUGAGGCCUUGGGGACAUCUCUCAGUUGGACCUCAGUUUCCUCGUCUCUAAGGGGGAUUGGCCCUGCCCUGCUUUGCCCCUUGUGCUGCGUGGGCUGGGUGGCUAUAACGGUGACAUCAGCCAAGUUGGCUUGUAAGCAUGUCCACAGAGCCACAGCGGUGGUCUGACUAGUGGAGGGAGCUGGCUGGGGACCUUCAGUGGAUGGUAGCAGCCUGAGGCCAGGCCUGGAAAUGUCCCUCGGCUGAGCAGGAGCCACCAGGUCCCCAUGUCAGAGGCAGUGGAGCCUCUCAGGAGUGACUGGCAGAAGCAGCGUCGAGGUCUGACCGUGAAAGAAACCAGACUUGCCUUAUCUGCCUUCCUUUCCCAGACACACUGUGUGAUAAGAGUGCUAAAUGCUUUGGGGAGAAGUUUGAAAUGAGUCCUUAAAACCAUGGUGUGAGCUGGGAGGAGGCAGAGGGUGGAGGAGGCAGAGGGUGGGGCAGCCGAGGUUGGGGCUCAGGCUGGGGCUCAGGCUGGGGACUCUGGCCGCACACACAUCGGGGGCUGUGCUGGGCACACAGACGCUCCCCUGUCCAUGCACGAGCCCGUGUGGGGUCUGGCAGCACCAGGGAUGCCCAAACUAAGAUUCCUGCCCUCACAGCAGUGUAUGCAAACUUCCCCAGGGAGAGGGUCGCCGAACUCGGACUUACCCAUCCCCAGUCUCUCUUCCUGACAUUCCCAGGCCUGGGCUCCCUCCUGGAAGCCUCCCCCUUCUUAAAACAAAGCCCAGAGCUUGAAGGUGCUCAAGCCAGCUUCCCAGGACCCAUCCCGUCCUCUGGGCUCUCCAGUGAUUUUAUCUUGGCCCCAGCACACAGAGGUCCCCUCCCCUGGUUUCCUUUCCUGUGGCUGAAGGGAAGGAAGGAGCUGGGGGCCCUGUGGGUGGGCUUGGGGACCACGGCCCAGCCCAGCUCUGUGGCUUGAGGCUCAGGUCGCGCUGGGGUGGAUACCCCACUCUCCCCACCCCACUCCCUGGGCCUCACAAGUUUGUCUUGAGUUGUCCUUCCUGCUCUUGGAAGGCAUGAGUGCUUUGUGAACAGAGAAACCCCAGCCUGACUCUGCUUCUGCCUCUAGUCAUGGCGUAAGGUUAGGGGUGACCCCCAAGCUUGUGUGGUGGGAUGGAGGGUGGUCUCUGAAUAGCCCUUUGGUCUGAGGCGUGGUUGGAGCCCGUUCCUUAGGUGAGCAGUUGUUCCAGUCCUGGAGUGGGGGAUGUGGGAGGAGGGGCAGGGGGAACCUGGGACUCCAGCCUCCCAGCAUGACUCAGCCCCCAUCCCCUUUCCCUCCUGCUUUGCUGGAGACCCCUUGGCAGGAAUCCACCUGGUCCAGAACCUACUUCCUGUCUGAUUGUGGCUUCUGGUCCCCUGGGGCAUCCUGGGAGGUGAGGGGCCUGCAACGUGCAUGGGCAGGCGUCCCCCAGAGAGACCCACAUUCCUGGGAAAAUGGUUUCACCAUCAGCCCAUCUCUCCAGGCCCCUGUGUAGACCUGUGGAACCUGUCGGACCAGAGUAUGGGGGGGUGGAGGGGGACACGGCCCCCAGAGCUGAGAGCCUGGUGACAGGUGGGGUCCGGGAUUCAGGAUAGGCUGGCUGUUUCUCCUCCUUCUGCUGAGCUGGCUUCAGGUUAGGCUCGUUGUGGCUCUAGGGGUGCCCUCCACACUCUGAGGCACAAGGAGAUGGCCGCCCUCAACUUCUCCACUGUUCCUGCCAGUGAGCCUAGCCCUUCCUGCUCCGUCCUUCUGAAUUGGAAGUUGAAUGGUCACCUCCUCUCCAAGCCCAGUCUCUCCCCGGGCUCAAGUCCCGUCCUCUCCUUUCUCCCCAGGGUCCCAACCUCUCCGAGUGUCCCUCCCCCUGCUGGAGCCUUUCUCUCAGCCUGUAAACGUUGUCCUACCUCUUCCAUCAGGGAGAGUCCCUCAGACCUCUUCCCCGCGCCUCAUGGCUGCAGUUCCCACCAACCCCACCCCCCCAGGUCACGUCAGCCAGGCCCAAAGCCCCUGCCUAGAAGAGGUGUGAUGUCUCCCCCUCCUCCACAUUCACUUACUCCCUGCAAACCUUGGAAUCCCUUUUGCCCUCCACUCCUUCACUGCCCCAUCUCUCCUCCCUGGGUCCCUACCCAGGAGUAGGGAGGUACCUGGCCAUCUGGUCACCCCCUUCCAUGCCACUGUCUCACUGGCUUCUGAAGGAUGUUCCUAAAACCCAGAACUGAUGACCUUCAGUUCCUUCUUGUCCAAGGAGUCAUGUCCGAGUUCUCCCGGCUGGCACCUUGGACUGUGUACUGCUUCUCUAGCCACUGGAUCUGAAUGCUUUGUGCCUUGAUGUCUCUGGCAGACACUAGUCUCUCUGCGGGGCAUGGCUUCCACUCCUGGUCUGCCUGGCUCACUCCAGGCUGGCUCAGCCCCGCUGCUUCUGGGAGGCUCUCUCUGACCCCCUGGGCUGGGUGAAGUCUGUCUCAGGCGUGCGCCCUCAUGCUAGCCUUUCGCCGCCUGCUCAAGGUGCUGGCUCCCCCGCCAGACUGAUUCCCCCAUGGAUGGGUAGGGUGGCAUGGAUGAGCCGUCGGGGGCCAGGGAUGGGCUUUUGUCAUUUGGGAACCUAGCAGACAAGGGGACCCAUCUGGAGAUGUGCGGCCAUCUAAGGAGAGGUAUGGCCAACCUCUCAAGCCACCCGUUGUGGGCUCUUGGUAGAGCCCCUUAUAGGCGUCUGCCCGUGUACCCCUCUUGCCAGGCCGACCCACCAGCCUCACAGAUGCUCUGAGCCCUCCACCCUCCUUCACUGUGAGAAAGGCAGGGCCAAGGUUGAGGAUAAUGUCCCUCCUGGCCUCAUCUCAGCUGCUGCUCACUGUGUAACCUUGGACAGCACACAUCCCCUUUCUGAGCCCUCGGGUCCCAUCUGUAAAAUGGGUGUGGUAGCACCUACCUGGGAGGACAGAGCAUGUUGGUUUAAGUGGCAUGGCCAGAAAAGGGGUUGAAGUGGUAGAUGCUUUUUUAGCCUACUCCCUUAUCUCAAACAGGGAAACUGAGACCCAGGAGGGGCCGGCAGCACAGCCUGGAUGGCGGGUUCCCCUGCUGGCCCUUGGUCUGGGCUCUCUCUCUGCAUGACACUCCCCACCGCUGCAGCCCAGAGGGGAUGGAGGGGCCUCAAGGAGCCAGUCAGGCCCCAGUACUCUGGACAUCCAGGCAAAUCUUGUGACCCUGCAUCCAAUGAGUGUGGAUCACCAUGACGAAGCCAGCGAGGCGGAGAUGAGGAGAACCUCAAACUCGUACAUCGUGGAGAACGGGCACCAGCCUGGGGCAGGGAAUGUUGGAGCAGGCAUCACCUCUGGUUGGAGCAGUGAGACUUCCCCAGUAGGGGGAGAUCAGGGAGGCAGGAGUGAUCAGGGAGGCCUUCCUGGAGGAGGUCCGGGUGAUGGGCCCCCCGAAGCCGCCCAAACCAUCCCAACACCAGAGCCCCUCAAGCCUCGACCUGUGAGCCUCUCUUUGCGGCAGCCUCACCAGCCAGUCACGGCCAUCACACGAGUCUCCGAGAAGUUCUCUGGGGAGACCUCAGCCACAACUCUCUCGCCCACGUCUGCUGCCAUCCUGGGGGGCCUCAGCUCAAGCCUCAGCGAGGCCAGCACAUCCUGGACUCCCAGUCCCAGUGAGAAGAACUCUUCCCUCCCACGGACUUUGUCCAGCUCUGGCUAUGGGGGGGUGACGGCCAGCAGGAACGAUAACAGGCGAGUCAGGGCCCCUGUUCCCGGUGGCAGGGUCGUCACUCCCCAGGAAGUGUCUGGCCUUGGCCUUGGACCCAGGCUACCCCGGCCCCUGCACGGAGCUCCCAGUGCCAACCCCAGGAGGAGGCACCUUCCUUGGCUUGGUGCCUCUGGAGAACUAAGGCAGCAGUGUCGCAGGGUGGGGUUUGAGAGGAGAAAUGAGGCAGCGAAGCUUGGUAGAGAGUUUUGUUUGGAACAAUACGGCGGAGGGCUGGUUUCUUUAAGGAUCCUUCAAAGCAAGUCUGUCCAAAGAUUGGAGAGAGUUUCUCAGUCCCCACAGGAUGGAUCUUCAGCCAUCCUGGCUAGGCUCCCUCUGAGCUGGGGGCUUCCUGCUUGUGGACUGAGGAGUUACCUGGAGAGGCCCUUACCCUGGGGGAGGUCUGUGGGGGCUUCCCUGUGUUACAGGCUGCCUCCUGGCCUCCGGUUGUCCCCAUGCGCUGCCCCCAGGCCCUCUGGACUGUGAUCGGAGCUGGGUGUUGGGUGGGGGCUGGCUUGGCUUUUUUCUCCCCCUCUUAAUAAUAAAAGGAGAAUUGUGACUUUCUGACAAACUGUUUUAGGGGGGAAACAGAGGGGAUCUUAUUUAGUGGUGGCGAGGAGGGGGCCUGAUCCUGGUGGGGCUGGUUCUGGGUGCUUGUCCUGCCAGGAGGACGCCCCCGCCCACCCCAGGCAUUGACACCUGCCGAGGGGCGAUUAUGUGCAGAGAGGGGGCCCACUGCUGGCUAGGCCGGCCUCAGACAGCAGCUCAGUUCCAAAUACCUGCGGAACCGGUUGGGGGCUGGAACAGGGGUGCUUCCUCUCUGCCUGUAGCCCCGCCGCUGCCUCAUUUCACAUUCAGUGGGGUGGAGGCCCGGGGCCUGUGCGAGCUAGUGAUGGCCAGAUCUGUGCUCCUGACUCGGUGGUCUCUCCUCAGCCCACCUCGGGUGACGCCACCCCAGUCGCCCCCCUCCACACA